AUUCCACAAAAAAUUAUGCCUAUAAAUACGUAAAAUACAUGACUACUUCCUCAAAAACUUUCCUACUGCUUUAACACACACCACUCCCAAACCUUCUUUAUCCUAACAAGUUCAUUAUGGUGAAGCAAAAAAUAGUGAUCAAGGUGCAAUUAAUGAACACCUCAAAAGCAAGGUCCAAUGCUAUGAAGAUUGCAGUUGGAAUGUUAGGAGUGGAAAGUGCAGCUAUUGGAGGAGAUAACAAGGAUCAAAUAGAGGUAAUUGGAGAGAUGGACCCAGUUAGACUCACAAAUCUACUAAGAAAGAGAUUCUGUCGUGCAGAAUUGCUUAGUGUUGAAGAAAAGAAAGAGGAAAAGAAAGAAGAGAAAAAGAAAGAAGAGAAAGUUGUGCCAUGUUCAUGUCCUCCUUAUGGUUACCCUGCUAUCCCUAUGUGUGUUACAUAUCCAUGUGAGGAACCUUCUCAUUGUUCCAUCAUGUGAUUAAUGUCAUCAACAAUGGUCACUGUUGUUUGUCUGUGGUUUUGGAUGUUUGCUGUAUGAGCAAUGUUAUAUCAACAUCAAAAAGUUAAACAAAAAUUCGAUACGGUAUUCUAUUUACUCAUAGCACGGUUGUCGAAAUAUAUAAAUAAUAUUAAAAAAAGUUAAAAAUGUACUUUUGUUGUAUUUUUGUUAAAAAGAUAUGUUUAAAUAACAUUUUUCUUGCUGUAUGUAGGGUCUUGAGUUUUUGUUGGAUCCUGUUUUAAUUUCAUUUCAUACCUGCUAUUAUAA